AAGCCAUAAGCCUUAUUUUUCUUUCUUUUGUUUGUUUUUUUUUUUUUUUUUUGGUUUUCUUUUCAUUACAGAUUCUGAAGAGAAACCAAUCUUCAUGGACAAGUAUUCACUAUUAAAGCAUCAAGACACGCAAGGAGAAGAUGUUGAUGACCAAGAAGAUGAAGUUUGGGGUAAAGGGUGCGAUUGGUUUGGCCUCUUCUGCCUCAAAUGGCGGCCAAACGACAUCGAUGAAACUGAUCAAUCCUUAUUGCACCAGAGAAGAGAGCACAGAGAGACAUGGUGUAAAAGUAAACUGAAGAAACUGAAAGAAGUCUCGGAAAAACUAGCAGGACCAAAGUGGAAGAAUUUCAUCAGGAAGACGAGUGGAUAUUGUAAUAAGCGGAAGACUCAAAAGAACAGGUUUCAGUAUGAUCCUUAUAGCUAUGCUCUCAACUUUGACAAUGGUGGUAAAGAAGGAGAUGAUUAGCUUCAGGAUAUCUCGUCCAGGUUUGCUGCUCCAUUUGCAGAUGAGAAGCAACGAGCCGGGUCAAGAAUGUAAUCAUACUGGUUUUAGUGAUAAUUUGAAUAUCUUUCUAUUAAAUCCCUGUUAAGCAUAGUAAUAUUCUUUGGUUUAUUUUGAUUCAUUCAAACAUGGAACCUAAUUAUCGUAAAUUUAAUAUCAAGGUGUGGGUGUAAUGUCAAUUAAUUGGUAUA